CGUAGCGCCAGGUAAAUGAUUACUGCGCCAUUGUAUGUAAUCAGUCAUGCGGCACGCCUAAGGGUCACGGAACACAGUCGACUGGAAACAGGUACAAGCAGUGACUGCCUCGUCUCCAUUCUACCUUUCGUUUCGGAACAGGACCUGCCAUUCCCUCGCGUUUGUCGGAUUGGAAAACACGACCAUCAUCCAACCAUGGGGGACCGAAUGUGUGCCAAAGUAAUGAUGGCACUGGCCACUAUAAUGUUACCGAUUGUGAUCGUGUUCAUGGCGGUGUCUUUUGCUACAGACUAUUGGCUGGUAUAUACAGUUGACAGGACGAUCCUGAAAGCUUCUGACAACGCCUUAUACCUUAGUUCUACCACAAUUCUUGCUGAUGGCAAAUACACUCACACCAGAAGGAAUGGUCUCUUUAGAGUAUGUUACCCUGGCAACGAUACACAGUUCUUGGAUGGAGCUACCAACUUGUUGGACCAGCACUGCUUCCAUAUUUCAUACGAAAUGCCAGAGAGGACGAAUUCGUACACUGAGAACUAUAUCACCAGAAUCCAUCUCAUCCGAUGUUGGUUGGCCUUUUUCAUCCUGGCGCUGGUGUCCUUCCUGACGGCAUUUGUAUUUGGACUGAUCCUUAUCUGUGUGAUACGUCACAAGGCUCGCUGGGCCUACCUGGCUUCCCUCUUUGCCUUUAUAGCAGCAUUUUCCUGUGCUGCAUCAAUUGCUUUCUUCCAUGGUGCCGAAUACAUGGAGAAGAACAAGAUCUCGGACGCUUCAGCCCAUUUCCCCUUCACAUGGACAGCUCCCUUGACGAAUGCCACAAGUCGCUCCUACGGAUACUCCUACAUCUUAGGUUGGGUUGGCGCUGUCCUGGCUGGCCUUACCGCGAGCUUCUACGCAAUCGCUGGAUGCCACUUUGACGAUCUUUCUUACGAAAAGAAAGAGCCAGUCGCCAAGGAUGUCUACGUUCAGCCUGAGGCUGGAUAUUAUCCUUCCUACAACUAUGGUUACUCUGGAUACGGCGCAGAGAUGUAUGCCCAACAACCUUACAUGGUCCAACAACCUCGUUAUCUACCAGUGACCUAUGGCGAACCCUACUGGGGAGGCAAAUAGAAACUGCAACAAAAAUCAGCUUUGGGCUAAAUGGUGAUCCAGACAGCUAGACCUCUUUUGGAAGCUAGUUGCUGUAGCGUUUCCUCAAUUUAUUAUCAUAAUCCAAAACAAAAACUUAUCAUGGAUGCUUCCACAGUUGCAUAAUGUCUAAAACGUGUCAAGACUUUUUAAACAGGGAUGUGAUCUGUGAUUGCUAAGAUCAGUUACUUUAUAUGACUUAUCGUUGAGGUUGAGUCAAAGUCCCAGUAUUCCUGUUGUACUUGUUUUCAGAUGGUAGAAUUAGAAAAUUUAUAUAUAAAUAGUGUUCAUCUUCAUCUCAUUAGAUACUCAUUCAGCAAGAACGGUUGUAUCAAUGUGCUUGUAAGAGAUAUGUGUGUUUGCAUACACCAAAUUUCAUAAAAAAAGUUGUAAAUUCCAGUAAAUAUUUCAAAGAAAUAUCAAACUUACAAAUAUGUAUGUAUUACAUAACUUAUCACAUGGCUCUCCAUGUUGUGGUCUCAAUUACUGCCAAAAUGUUACCAUAUUCACUAUAAGAGAUGAUGCGAUCCAGAAAUAGAUACAACAGAACCGGAAGUACCCUUUCUAUUUACGCAACCAUGUUCAUUGCACCAAGUCUCGCUAUAUUCACUGUACAUAUCCUUAUAGAAUUGUGUAUACUUUAUAUUAUGUUUUUAUAUAUAUAUUAUACAAAAAUAUGUAUGUAUACUGUGGAGUUCUCUUUGCAAUGUAGAUUAUUAAAAUCUGCCGCCAUCUUACAGUGACAUUGUUAUUACCCCCCUUGGUUUAUCAUUCAAUAGAAGGAGUACUUACAAUGGACCAGUUAUGAUCAGGAAAAAGAAUUUAGUUUUAAUUUUGAGUAGUACCGCUUUGAUAUUAUAAAAAAAACUUUUAAGGGAAAUAUUUAAAAAGAAAUAUCAUUUGUAAAGAGUUUGAGAGGAAGAUUCAGCGUCCCAAAUCCAAUACCUGCAUAUUGUUUUGACUCAUUUUGUUUAUGAAUACUCUCAUUCUGAGCAAUUAUAACAUUAUUGCAUUAAAAUAUUAUAAUGCUUGAAAUUGAAUGCCUUCUUGAGAAUAUUACAUCGACAAAUGAAAUAGCUAAGUUGUAGAUACUCCUCAUCUUAAGUUUUCAGCGAUAAUAGUAGCUAUAUAGCCAUAAGGAUAUAGUUGAUGGAAGUUAAUGGCCAUCUGUGGUUAGAUUAGCGGCGGGAGUAAAUGUGUUAUCACUAGGAAAUGAUUAACAUGUACUAGAAAACUCGCAUUGUUUAAGAAUCAACAAGGGGCAAUAUUGAUUAACAUUUGACUAACAAGUUUAAAACAUAUUCAUCAUGUUGUAUGAAUGAAAAAUGUCCGUUUUACAAUAUAUAUACUUUGUAAAAAU